UCAGCGCCACGCGCCUGCGGUCACGUGAGCGAGGCGGAAGUGGAGCGUCAAAGAUGGCGGCGGCGCCGCUCGUGCGAAGCGGAGCGAAGGGGAGACGCUGAGCGAACGUCUCCGAGUCCUGCGCGGCUGAGCGCAGACAGGAACGGUAUCGGUACCGGAUCCGGAUCCGGAUCGUGCGAGCGAGCUCCACGGCGAUGUCACUGGCGGACCCCAGCUGCGACUCGGCGCCCUUCUUCUCGGACGACGACGAUGACGACGAGGGCGCCGGGGAGUCGGAGGGGGGCCGGCGGCGGAGGGCGGCGGAGGAGGACGGGGUAGGGGCGGCGGAGGGGGAGUGUCCCAGCGGAGUGAGCCCGAGGAGAGCCGGCUUCAUUGUGGCCGUGCUCUGCUACAUCAACUUGCUCAACUACAUGGACAGGUUUACCGUGGCAGGUGUCCUCCCCGACAUCGAGCAGUUUUUCGGCAUCGCGGACGGCCAGUCGGGACUGCUGCAGACCGUGUUUAUCUGCAGUUACAUGUUCCUGGCUCCGAUUUUCGGCUACCUGGGCGACAGGUACAACAGGAAGUUCAUCAUGUGUGGGGGCAUCACCUUUUGGACUCUGGUCACGCUUGCCAGCUCGUACACCCCGAAAGAUUAUUUCUGGGCCCUGCUGUUGACCCGAGGCCUGGUGGGAGUGGGUGAGGCCAGCUACUCCACCAUCGCCCCCACCAUCAUAGCCGACCUGUUCGUGAACGAGAAAAGGACGAAAAUGCUGUCCAUCUUCUACUUUGCCAUCCCGGUGGGCAGUGGCCUGGGCUACAUCGUGGGCUCCAAAGUGGACGACCUUGAACAGGACUGGCACUGGGCGCUCCGGGUGACGCCAGCCCUGGGGCUGGUGGCGGUCCUGCUCCUGCUGAUCGUGGUGAAGGAGCCCAAGCGCGGCGCUGUCGAAGCGCGGCCCGAACACAGCCUGCAGAGGACCAGCUGGCUGGUGGAUAUCAAGGCCCUCGGCAAGAAUCGCAGCUUCAUCCUGUCAACCCUGGGCUUCACCGCUGUGGCUUUCGUCACGGGUUCGCUGGCCCUCUGGGCGCCCACCUUCCUCCUGAGAGCGGCAGUUUUCACCAGAGAGAAGGCCCCCUGUGUCUCUGAGAAUUGCGACAACUCGGACAGCCUGUACUUCGGCGUGAUCACCUGUGUGACGGGUUUUUUGGGCGUGGCCAGCGGCGUGGCGCUCAGCGGGUGGCUGAGGAAGCGGAACCCACGGGCAGACCCCCUCGUGUGUGCCGCUGGACUCCUGCUGGCCGCUCCUUUCCUCUUCCUGUCCAUCAUCUGUGCCCAGGGCAGCAUCAUCGCCACCUAUGUGUUCAUAUUCUUUGGAGAGACUUUCCUGUCCAUGAACUGGGCCAUCGUAGCUGAUAUCCUGCUGUAUGUAGUUGUCCCCACGCGCCGGUCCACUGCGGAGGCCUUCCAGAUCGUUCUCUCCCACCUGUUUGGCGAUGCGGGAAGCCCAUAUCUGAUCGGAGUGGUGUCUGACGCCCUGCGUCGCUCCGAGUCGUACCUGUGGCAGUUCCGCUCCCUUCAGAUCUCCCUCCUGCUCUGCUGCUUCGUGGCGGUACUGGGUGGCGCUUCCUUUUUAGCCACCGCCCUCUUCAUCGAGCAAGACCGGGACCUCGCUGAGCAGUACACGCACUCGGGUGAUGAACCAAUAGUCGUGCCCAAGAGAGGCAGGUCCACGAAGGUGCCGGUGUCGAGCGUUCUGAUUUGACGAGAGGAACGAGGGAAUGCCCCGCCCCCUCCAGGAGAACUGUAUUCCAUUGGCUGCUGCGUGCGCGACUGGUGAAGAGUUGAGCCGAGUUCUUGGCAGUGACGCUGGUAUGAAGUCAAAGGUUGUUUGGUUUUCUGUGUAGACCAGAUUUUUAUUUAUUGUUAUUGUACUUUGGUCGCUUGUUUCAAUUACUAUUAAUAAACCUUGUGUGCUGGACCAAUUCAACUUGAGUGCGAAAAACAGAUUUGAAACGGGUGACACUUGGAUAACUGAACUGUUAACUGACAUUUUUGCGCAGAGUCAGCCUGAGCUGUAGGGAACGAUGGGCCGACUGUCAUAGCGUGUGUGACCAGCAACGUACGGAGAAGUGUUUUUCCACACUGGCUUGUAUGCCGUUUCGACUCCCCAAACCACGCUGAGUGAGAGCCAGUGGCGUCGGCCCCCUGCAGAGGCACAUAGACGUGUAAGAACGCGGCGGAUGAACUUCCGCAGGGAGCGCUGCCCCCCGGCCCUGAGCGUUCACUCUGUAGGAGGAGGAGUGCUGGCGUGUGCCACCCAGUGCCGUGUUUUACACUGUCGCUAUACCGCUCGGGGAAGGCCGGGAGCAUCUCCCGCCUUCAGGGCCUCUUGGCAUAACUUCGUUUAACGGUCUUAGGUCGUCGGCGGUGUCUUGGCUCACUCGCUGUGGAAGUGGGAGCCCGGGCCGCUGCGGUGAGUCCCGCUUCGCACUGCUUGAAGAGAGAGUCUGUGUUGCACAUUUACCGUACUGUGAACUAAGACUUGUUUGGCUCACACUGGUACGAUACAUUAGUCACGUUUCAACGACGUUUUGAGAAUAAUCGUAAUGCCUGCUUUAACACUAGUGUUUCUUCAUUAGCAGCGUCGAUGUGCUCGCAGUUUGUUGGGGGCCUUCGCUUUUCCCGUGUCACGUGGAGCUGCUCCCCCAGCUUUAGGAAGCAGCUCCGUUUCCUCUAACUAAUGGAUCGGAUGAUUUUGACGAUAUCCCUCAAUUCUCACGUCACUUCUGGGCUCCAUCUGCGGUGACAUUCGACACCUGCAGAAACCGCACGUCAUUUUCCAGCAGGGACACUAACUGUACAUUCUAACACAUGCAUUAUUUUGAGAGAAGCAAUAGUCAAUGAUUGUUACAAUGCUUGUUAAAUCCUAACAUGUAAUGUUUUAUAUACAUGCACAAUAAAUGGCGAGAGUGUU